GCAGUGAUCUCCCUUGCCGCUUCGCUCAUCGGUCUACGCACAGUCUGGGUUUUCCCAUAUUGUAGAUCUAUUUUUAACACGCGGAAAAACCACAGUGUUACUAAAACCGUUAACAUGGCGGACUAAGGAACGAGAGGGAUGCAUCAGUUUCAUUUUGACACUGGAAUAGAUAAUAAGAAUAAAACUAGAAUAGAUUUCCAGGCACUUGCAAGAACUCCGACUGGAUAGACAUAAGAUUAGACUGGCCAUGUAGAUCUCCAACAUUUUAACAUUUACACGACAAGUCAACACCAGUAGAAGGUCUACUACGGUUGUCAGGAAAGUCUUGCAUCAAGAUCAGAUCCAUCUUGCUGUGGCAGUCAAUGUGAUCAUGUGGUAGUUUUGUGGGAUGGUAAUUAAGAAGUAAGCAUAUUGAAAUGAGCUUGUCAAAACAAUUACCGGUGAAAAAAUACACUAUUGAAACGUUGAGGGUGUAUCCAAGAGUGCAUUACUUCCAAAGGAGAUACCAUGAUCUUGUGCCGAGAUUCAAAAGAGUGACUGGGUCAUUCCCGAGGAGUUUUCAGGUUGAAAAAUUGAUCAAAGAAAUUGAUGACAUCAAUGACAAAUUCACGAAGAAAUUGGUGGUCAGUGUUAUUGGAAACUGUGAACUAGAUCUUGAACAUAUUGUUGUGUCAACCAAACCAUCUGAGAAAGAGAUGUUUUCGGAACUGAAGGAACCGCCAAGGAUAUCAUUGUUCAUAUGCCAUUCAAAGAGUGAAAAAUUGGACGAAUCUGGAUUGAAGAGUAUCACCUCAGUGAUUGAUAAGUUCUACGAGGACUUUGGUAAAGAAAACCCACAUUUGUUCGAAAACAUGUUCGUCGUUAUCGAAACUGAACAGAAUUACAGCGAUGAGGAGCGCAAUACUUUUAGGAAGGAAGUAAAUGAAAUUAUACGCGUGAAACUGCAAGACACUGAUGUACAACCGCGACCAGACAGAAUAAUUUUUGGAUCAGAUGGUACUGUUCUUGGAAGUAAAAUAUCGGAACUCUUGGAAACUAUGCUUGUUGAUGGUUUCCAUACUGUUACAGCAUAUCUUGGCCGUUUUGUUCGGAAGACGAAACAAUACGAUUCGGAAAUUGAUAUAAUCCAUACCGACCUUCUCGUGAAGUCGAUCCAGGCCUUUCUUCGAGAUGACAUUGGCCUUGCUGACAUGAGACAAAUAGCAGAAAAUGAUCAUUCGAAAGAAACUGAGGGAAUGAGCGUUGAUGAAAAGUUUUUGCAACAGCUAUUAAAGAAGUUAGCAAGACUUGUGAAGUGUGCAGUUGUUGAACCGUGUGCUUCGAAAUACAAUAUUCCACCAUGGGUUGUAAACCUACUCCUGGAUGAAAUACAGUUUGAGCAGAAGCUAGCUGAGUCGGUCUCGAAAAACACGAGGCAUCAUUUGAGAAAACUGAAUGAUAUCACUAAAGACUAUGAAGGAAUCUUGAAAACUCAUAAACGUAAAGCAAACAUGGGAAGAGGAAAGCACGGUGCAAGCCAACACGAGUAUUUCAUCAGAUUUGUUUCGUACAAAUUUGACUUCAUUGUCUAUCCCUUGCAGAAUGAUAUGUCUAAAGUUAUAAGUGAUGCGGAAAAGACCAUGGCUUCUGCCGGUCAUAUUAUUUCUGUGAUGGGCAAAAUGAUGUUCGAAAUAGAGGGAUAUUUGGAGCAAACGAUUACAGAGAUGUACGAACCAAAAGCUCCAACUCCAGAUGUACCAAAAGAUCUCCGGGAUGCCAUUUUAGAACUCAAAGACGUCUACGGCACAGGUAAAGUGUACGAUGUCUUCGAAAUCCACGUACAAGAACAAACCCCAACAUUGAAAGAGGACGUGUCAACUCUAAUGCGCAAAUAUGGAUACACUCAACCAUACAAAGUGAAGACUAUUAUUAAAGAGCCGGUCAAAAUGAUGGCAGAUAUUCAGCAUGAAAACGGAAAGCUGAUCAAAAGCCCUUAUCCGGGUAAUAGAACCAAGUAUCGGGAAGGAACUCUAGGUUGUUUUGCGGAAAACGACAAAAAGAAACUGUAUGUUCUUACAUGUGCGCACGUUGUGGAAAAUCCAAACAAGGAAGAGCAUGACGUUUUAAUUCAAGAUCGCGCCCUAAGGCUGAAAAAAAUUGGGAAAAGUACAAGGAAAUUGACCAUUAGCUUAGGAGAAGGAACCAUGCCCGUCAUUGAUAUUGCUGCUGUUACAGUGAACGAUGAUUUUGAAAGGCAAUGUAUCCGUCGGAUGAAAGAUGAAAGUGGAUUGAAUAGGACGUCUGUCAUUGCUAUGGAACCUGUGACACAGUUGGUUAAAAGGUUCGUUUACAAGCAUGCAGCAAAGUCUGGGCUCACCAAAGGUAUCAUCUGCUCAUGUGACUUCUUGUUAUCUGGGACUGGUGACGAUGAUUAUCUUCUAAUGAUAGAAUCCCUACCUGGCAGUGACAAUGGUUGUUUUGCCGAGAGAGGUGACAGCGGGGCGAUCAUUUGUACAUCUACCGUUGAUACUGACGAUAUCAAAGUAGUAGCUAUGCUUAAUGGGGGCGAUUACAAACUAGCUGGGGGAGACGCAGAGGAAAAGUAUUUGUCUUUUUUAUUGAGAAAAGGAUUGCAAAAGCUAAAGGACAAAUCCGACGUAUCAUUGAAUAUUCCUUAAAUUACACAACAUGUUUUACCACUACUUCGUGUGUCUUUUAUUCAGCACUUUAUAAUACCACAUCAAACUUUGCAAAAUUAACCUUAAUAGUUUUUUGUUUUGUUUUAUUUUCAAUAAUUUGCAUUUCAUUUUCAAAAGAUGCUGUUCGUAUUUGAUAAUAUACAUGGUGGCAAACCCACGUGACUUUUCGGUAUCGUAUACACGGGGUAAAAUCGGUCGAUUCAUGCAACAUUUUUGUUUUGUAUUUUGCUUUUUAUUUGAUAGACUUUAACAAAAUAAAAAGCCUGGAAGACAGAAACACGAGUGAUGUCCUCGGCACAAAACGUCUGUUAGACUUUAUGAGUGCUGUUUUCGAAGACUUCACACAUAUUCCAGUGUAAACGUUACCUAUAUAUUUUGUCCUAGAAAAAAAUGCGAACUGUUUUAGAAAAGUGUCAAGAAUGCCUUGCGAGGAAAGUACCAAAUUUCCUUUCUUCACCGAAUUUUAUUAUCUUAAAAUCUGGCAAGUAAAAAGGCAAUUUUAAGCAAAACUGUUACCUGAAUCAGCACCUUUGGCCGAGUGGUUGAGGUCACUGACUUCAAAUCACUUGCCACACAUAACUGUCUCGGGGCGUUGAAUUCUUCGUAUGAGGAGGUCACCCAGCUUGCUUAGUGGAGGUCGGUGGUUCUACCCAAGUCAAGUGACCGCUCGUGAUAAAAUAAUGUAAGAUUGGACACCCGGGGUCUUCCUUCACCAUCAAGUGCUGAAAAGUCGCAAUAUGACCUAAUUGUGUCUGUGAAAAAAAAGACAACAAAAAAAACAAGCGACCUGAAUCGAUCGAUUUUCCCCGUGUGUACGAUACCGAAAAAUCACGUGGGUUGCCCUUGCUUGUAUACGUUUAUAUUUUUUAUUUUUCAUUUUAAUCAAAACAGGUCUUUAUACGUAGGCCUAAUCGUGGUUACAUCAUGGAAUAAGAAAAAUGACGGGCUAUAAAUAUCGGCAUCUUCGCUUCUUUUAAAGGAAGUCUGUCGAAUAAGGAAGUAAAACAGUUUUAUGUUAAUAUGUACCCAUCCCGUCAUGUCGAAAAUUAAAUAAAUGCUUCGAAUUAAG